GCAGUUGAGGCGGCCUCUGUGCGGCUGUUGCUGGGAGCUCCGGCCAAUCAAAGGCGCAGCCCUUCCAUACAAGUAGUUUGGGGGCUGGAGAAGCAUGACAUCAUGCACAGCUCCGACCCUCUCUGCGAAAACAAAGAGUCAAACAUCUGUAUUUCACUACAGGAAACUGUAGUCGACGACAGAUUCGUCCGCACUGUGAUAUUCCGCCCUUCCCAUCCUUAAAAACACUACCGGGUGUCUGUCCCGAUACCCCCCGUAUGUAAAGCGGAGUCUGGGAGGGGCGUCCGUCCAUCCGUCCGUCCGUCCGUCCGUCCGGGGGGAAUGGCGGAUGGGGAGGCCGCCGUGUCUUUGGAGUGGGACAGCGGUGAUGGGGGUUUAGCAGAAUAAAAUCCCACUUGUGCGGUUUUUUUUUAUUUUCUCCGUUUAGUUUGGUGUCCAGCUCUCGCUAUGGAUCCAGAGAAAACGUUGACAUUCUGCGAUGGGCUGAAGGCUCAGGAGAUGACCAUGUCCCUGCAGGGGCUGGACGGGACCGAAACUGCUACAGUGGCAGUUUCUCAGAAGGAGGCAAAUAAGGUGGUGAAGCAUCACGGAGGCGUUGGUAGCCAGCCUGUAGUCAGUCCCAAGUACUGUCCUGGGGUAAACAACAAUCCAGGGUACCUCUGUGAAACAGGACACUGCUGUGGAGAGACAGGCUGCUGUACCUACUAUUAUGAACUCUGGUGGUUCUGGCUGCUUUGGACAGUGCUGAUCCUUUUCAGCUGUUUCUGUGCUUACCGCCACCGCCGGUCCAAGCUGAGGAUCCAGCAGCAGCAGAGACAGAGGGAAAUCAAUCUGAUCGCCUAUAACGGAGCCUGCAACUACCCUUCCUCAAUGCUGGACCUCAGUUUUCUGGCUUCCUUCAAGUUGCCCUCCUAUGAGGAGGUGGCAGCGCAGCCCAGCACGCCUCCUCCGUCUUAUAGCUCAGUCUUCGCCCUGCAGGGAGGUGCCAUGGGUGGUCCUAGCGCUUCUUACCCCCAUCAUCACCACCACCGACACCCCUGCCCUCCCUAUCUGGGCCCUGGUCCUAGUGGCCUGACCUCCUCCCAGAGCUCUUACACCAGCUGCUCCUGUGAGUCGUGCUCCCUCACCUCCCCCUCCAGCACCUCCUUCUCUGUCCAGGUGACAGACGAGACAUAUGACAGCAGCCGCAUCUCCACGCCCAGUGAAGCAGGGGGCGAGUCUGCCCUGCCAAGGGUUGGGGUUACCUGCACACCAACUCCCUCCACGCCACCUCCAUCACAAGUUCCUCCUGAUGUUAUACCUACGGCCACCCCAGAUGUCAUUCCAGUACAGAGACAGUCCUCUAAUGGCAAUGAGGGAAUCUCACCUUCAGCUCCACCGCUCUCUCUUCCUUUACACUCUCUUAAUCCCUCUCGUCCUUCACACCAUCCUCGCCUCCCACUCUCACCCCUCAUUCUGUUAUCUUCCCUUCCUGCUGGCCAAGUCCAACCUCUCGUUUUCUCAGACCCACUUGGAGCCGUGCCCGUUCAGAAAGAAAAAGAUGAAGAGGCCUCACCCCGCGGUCCGACUGCCCGGCCCAUUCCAUCUCCCCCAAAACAGGCUUCAAAUGUGGCUGUUUUCAAGCUUUGUGACAACAAAGAGGAGCAAAAACGAGAUAAAGAAGAGGAGGAGGAGGAUGAAGAAGAUGACGAGGAGGACCAUUUCCGCCAUCGACGCCUAACGGGUGACUCAGGCAUCGAGGUAUGCCGCUGCCACGUGAAGAGAGAACAAGAGGAUGAGGAACUGCAGAAAGGGCAUUUUGGCAAUGGAGGGAAAGAGGCUGUGAAGGGUGGGGUGAGGUCAGACGUGCUGCAUGACAGCAUGGACUGUUCCCUCCGAGUAAAGGCCACCAUCCUGUCACCACUCCUGGACGACUGCGCUGAGCAGCGCGGCCACAUCUCCUCCUCGUCCUCCAAUAUCAUCCCGAAGACAAGCGAGGCCAUCAUCACUGUGGAGUCCUCGUAAGUUGGCAGCAAGUGAGAUGUAGUAAAACAAGUGAAGAAAAAUGAGAUGUUUAUGCUUAAUAACAUCCUCACAGAUCAAGACUAGUAGGUGAAAAGUUGUAUCACUGAAGUAAAAGUCUUGGCUGCAAGCAGAUGGACGGGCUAAGUGAUAGAUCCUCUUGUUUUCUCCCCAGGAGAAUCUGACACCGGAAAGUUGUAAGUUCAUUUGGGGUUGGGGAGAAGCGAUGAAAAUAUUAAUGAAUUGCUCUUUCUCUGUCUCACUCAUUUUCCCACAUACUAACCACAUCCCAUUACUGUUUUGCUUUUUUCAUCUCUCUUUUCUCUGCAUGACGUAACAUUGCUAAAAUGACAUUUUAGCUCUUUGAAAUGAAAUUCCCUCACAUCAGUUGUUCCAGAUCUGUGGGUCAGGACCCCUCAAAGGGGAUCAUGAGAUGAUUAAUCUCUGCUAAUCUCCUCUGCCACACAAUAUAUGUUUUCUGACUUUUCUGCAGAGUUUAUACCUCUUAUAGGCAUUUAAAAAGUAUUCAAACAACACAAUCUGAGAAGCGAAAAUCAAUCUUUGGUGGAACUGCGGAUAACUUAUUGACAUAUGCGAGGUGUAAGACAAAAAGGAUGAGUACCGCUUCCUUAUAUACUUCAUUACUCCCAUCAUCCCUGUCAGUUUAAUCAACAUUUGUAAACAUGAACAAGACAGUUUAUUAUUAACUGACAUUUUUUCUUUAAUUGAAAAAAUUAUCCUAUGAAGGAAAAAAGUUCAUUUUCAAAAGAGCAGCUCUAAAAAAGUGUGUCCAGAUCGUGUUAUGUAAUCUUAAUUUACUGGAUUAUAACUUUUAAAAAGAUGAGGGUUCACAAAAAUUGAAUAUAUAGUUUGAGAUCACAGGACCAACCUGUAAACUUGUUCUGUUGUAGGGUGAAUUUUUGCUUUCACCAGCCUACUUACCUCUGUUUGUCAGAGGCAAUAAUGAGAGAAAGCAUCUAUUUAGACCGAUUCAAAGUUUGUGUGUUUUAUACAUUGUGUCUUAUAUUGCUCCCUUAAGGAAAAGGGAUGCAAGCAUUGAUUAAAAUGAUGUGUGGGUGGCAAAGCUUUACAUUGGUGGUGGUUGUUUCAGACAGUUACAUGAAUAUACUGCAUAAUUAACUGACUGUUUGACUUUGGAUUUUAUGUGUUUGAACACGUUCCUGGUUGGUUGUUGUCAUUUUUGCAAGGCAAUGUGAAACUGAUUCCUCCACGGAUGGACUGUUGAGUUUUUACAAGGCAGAAACUUUAAGCCUAAUCUCAUCACUGAUAAUGAAUGUAAAAGGUUAUGCAUUGCAACAAAAUAUGAACUGAAAUUGUUUAUGGGAGAUUUUUUUAUAGCCUGCACCAAGGCAAUACAAUCUAGCAGGUGUGAGCCCUGAGAGGACACUAUGAAAUGAAGAGCCCAUUGUAACGUCUGUCUGAGCCGAGUAAUGAUUGUUAAAUAUCAAAUGUGCAAAAUGUAUGAAGUGAAAGGUUUAAAGUUGGAAUAAUGGUUUUUGGUUAUUGCUAUGGCUAAACAUGUAGUCACUUCUAGGAGUUGGACUGGUACACAUUGUGUAUCUUGGUUGAUCCUGUUUUUGUAUGUAAGAUCAUCCAUCAGUUGUACAGUACAUGUCACUAUUGAAUAGUCUCUGCCUCAGUGGGUGGACUGUUAGGUUGAUACCCUUGAUUGAUGCUCUGUACUUCCUAGGAUUAAGUCAAGUUAGUCUGUUCUGGUCUCACUACUUAGUGGGGAUAGCACACAUGUACUAUCUUGUAAUUAAAUUCCCAGUAUGAAAUGUACUGGAGUGUAGAACAAGUAUGAGAAACAUCAUGUGUUUUUGUACGUUUGUCUUGCUGUAGUUAUGAGACAAAUGUCUCUGUAGUUCAUUGACUAGAGGCCACUUUUUGUAGGACUUUGUUUUGUCCUUGGCAGACUUAAUUGUCUAAUGCCUGAAGGCAAAGCUUUCAACUCAUUUAUAGCUCUUUGGACAGAUAAUGCUGCCUCGGUUCAGCUUUAUAAUACCUUUUUUUUUUGUCAAAGACAAAUCAUGUUUGUUUGUACCUUAAUGUGUUCAUCUAGGGAGUGCAAGAAAGUUUGUGUUGCAGUUUGGUUUUGUUAUGAAGGUCAUUUUGACAUCUUCUGAUCAUCUGUGUUCAAAGCUCCUGUGCAGUGACUCACAGGUGUGUCUCAGAGGUGACCAAGGCUCUGGUGGAGACUGUUCAUCCUCUGAACAUAUCAACAUAAAAGCCUUGCCUUUUUAAAGGCAACUGUACAUUUUAAGGCUAAAAAAAUGGAGAGUUAUUCAUUUUCAUUAGCUCUAGCCGAUGUAUGUUCUUUAACAAAGUCUAUGGUGCCUAGAUGAAAAUAGACUUUCUGUUAGGCACUCUAUAGUUUACUGCUGCUAUGUGAGUAUGUGUGUGUGUGUGUUUUCUGUGAGUUGUGUAUAGUCGUACAUCAAAUGGGCAAACAUUUUUUAGCUGUGCUUAAGCAGUCUCUUUAUAAAAUAUACACAGUACGCAGUACAUGUGAGACUUGCAAAAAUAGUAUUUAGCAAUAGUAUUCACAAUUUUUUCCUUACUCUAGUUGAUGCUGGUUGACAGGAAAUAAACUGUUGUGAAAAAGACAUUUACCUCUUUAUAACUUAUCCGUGAGCUGUGCUGGGCAGAGGCCCUUGAUUGUACAUAACACAGCAUUUUAAAUGCCUUUGGCUUAAGGUUUCUCCCAAGUGCAAACUCAGAUUAUGUGGUUUUGCCUUAGUCUUAGUUUGUGCCUCUCAUGUAUUAUUAUUUUAUUUGAGUCACAAAGCUAAGCAUCAAUUUUUCUGAACAAUAUAAACCCAACAGUCUUUGAAAACCCCAGAAGGUCUUUUACCAACUCUUACCGCUGUUCUGAAGGUGUUUCCAGAUUUCUCAAAGACUCUUCUGUCAAUCUGUAAAAGAAAUUUCCUCCACAAUUUUUUGAAAAAUCUUUUUCCCAAAGUGUAAUUCACACAAAGAUGGUAGCAAAGUUUUAUUAUAUACAAAAUAACCUAUUUAUUUGAACUUGUAUAUUUACCAUCUUGUUCAUCUUUACUAAAGAUAAUUAGAUGCACAGUUGAGAACUGACAUUCAUCUUGUGACUAUUGCGGUUAGCAUAUUCAAAAAUAUUCAGGAGGAAAACAGAAUGUGUGAGCCGUGGGAUUUUGGAGAAAAGCGAGUCUCAUUGUCUUUUCAAAUACGAUCAUUUAAGCAACAAAAAUCUGAAAUAUUUUAGUGCGCAAAUGAUCAAAAAUAGGAGUGGCUGUUAAAUUUUGAUGCAUGUAAGGUCUGAAAAUAUGAAAAUUACUCAAAUUAGUUUUUGACUUUGAUGGCUAACUCGAAUGUAACAGUGACACACGAGAGGCACAAAUUUAGAGGCUAAACUCUGAUUUCACAUUGAAGCCAAACUGAUCUGAGUUCAGUGUGUAUAGAACAACUUUGAUUUCUUUUGCCUUGUCAGCAGCUAGUAUGUAUAGACAAAACGCCCAAACUCUGCCCUCAUUGCCACUGUAGGCCAAGGCCUGAUAUAAGACUGUUACCUCGCUGAGUUUUGACUGCAAAGGACUGUUUACUUCUCCUUAUCAAGAUAGUAUUUACUCUAUAUUUGUACUGACUUUAUUUUGUAAUGCUGAUAAUUGAAGAAUUGAAAAAAAGAAAGCCCACAUUGGUACGGCUGAACUAGUUUGCCAGGAAAAAAAAACAAAAAAACAUCAGACCCUGUUGAUUCAGGAUAGCUCAAGACUGUUUGUCUGGGAAAACAAAGCGUUCUCCUUUUACUCCUGCAGCUACGACACAGCAGGAUUUAUAGCAGCAUCUAUACGUGACUGUAUUUGGAGUAGUUCAGAUUAAUAUUACUACAAAAUGUGGUGUUCUUUAAGGGUAUCUUUGUGCAAUUCUACCUGCAGCUCUUCAGUGUGUUGUACGCAUGUGUGAGAGAGUUAUUGUCAGCUGUGUUGUUGUGGUGUUUAAUCAUUGUUGCUUAUUAUGAGGCCAAAGUUGAUCGUCCUUGAUAUUUGUUAACAUGAUAUUUGUCGAUAUAAAUAUCCAAACAUUUUUAUGUCAUCAUGAAUAUCAAGUUGAUUUUGUAUCUUGGUGUAUAGCAUAGAGAUUUCUGAUGCAUACUCUGAUGUAAAAUCUGAACAAUGAGAUUAUCUCUCUGCAUUUUUAAGUAUGUGUUUGGUUGCACAUUUCUUGGUGCUUUUUUUCAGAAGGUGGAGUUGUAUUUCAGUUUCUUCCAUUUGAGUUUUUUUUUUUUCCAUUGUUGCUCACAAGGAUUCUACCACUUUGACACGGACAUCUGCGCUACUUUAUUCAAUAAAAACUGUGGAUUUUGUGUCAAAAUAAAUGCU